UGAACACAACUCUCAUCUCUAUCUCCACCGAACAACCCUCAUCUCGAUCGAGAGAGAAAGAAGGAUGGGAGUGGUGAUUCUGGAUGGUUCCACAGUUCGCGACUUCGUCGGCAACGAAGAGGUCUUCAGCCGCAGCGUCAACGAGAAAUUCACCGCUCUUGACCUCAACGGCGAUGGAGUUCUCUCCCGUGCCGAGCUCCGUCGAGCACUCGAGACGUUUCGGCUCUUUGAAAGUCACUUCGGCGAGGACAGCGUGACACCACCAGCAGAGAUCGCGGCGCUCUACGACUCCAUCUUUGACCAGUUCGACCUUGACCAGUCCGGAUCGGUGGAUCGGGACGAGUUCCGGUCGGAGAUGCGCCGGAUCAUGCUUGCCAUCGCCGAUGGACUUGGAUCGUCGCCGAUCCAGAUCGCCGUCGAGGACGAUGGCCAUAGCUUUCUCAAGAUGGCUGCUGAUCUCGAGGCAGAGAAGAUUGCAGGGGCAACUGGUGGUAAAUAAGUAGAAUUUUAGGGGUUUUUAUGUAAUAUAGCGCCUCUAUGUGGCUUCUCAUGUUCCAUAUUUUGUCGUGCCGUAGACCUUGUGGAGUAAUUAUAUAAUAUAUAUAUCUAUGCACUUAUGUCUGAAUAAA